CUCUCUCUCAUAAUAAAAUGGGGUGGAUGGGAAUAUUCAAUAACUACACUUUCCAAAGAAGAUACAGUGCUAGACCUCAAGAAGUCCCUCAAGACACUUACAGGAGUGCUACCAGAAGGCCAAAAGUUGCUUGGUCUAAAACAGGGGAGGGUUAAAGGCAAACCUGCAGAAAAUGACGUUAAGCUUGGAGCUCUCAAACUGAAACCAAAUACUAAAAUCAUGAUGAUGGGAACUCGAGAGGAGAGCUUGGAAGAUGUCUUAGGCCCACCACCUGACAAUGAUGAUGUUGUCAAUGAUUUUGAUAUUGAAGAGGAAGUAGUUGAAGUAGAAAAUAGGGAAGAAAACCUGCUAAAAAUUUCUAGAAGAGUUAAAGAUUACAAAGUGGAAAUUUCGAAUCCUCCUAAGGAAGGAAAAAAACUUUUGGUACUAGAUGUUGAUUAUACAUUGUUUGAUCAUAGGUCCUGUGCAGAAACUGGGGUAGAAUUAAUGCGGCCAUAUCUUCAUGAAUUCUUAACAUCUGCAUAUAAAGAUUAUGACAUAGUUAUUUGGUCUGCUACAAAUAUGAAGUGGAUUGAAGCUAAAAUGAAGGAACUGGGAGUAAGUACAAAUACAAACUAUAAGAUCACCUUCAUGUUGGACAGUGCUGCUAUAGUAACAGUGCAUACCCCAAGAAGAGGCCUAAUAGAUGUAAAACCUCUGGGAAAUUUUUCAGAAUUUUACAGCAAAAAAAAUACCAUUAUGUUUGAUGAUAUUGGAAGAAAUUUUCUUAUGAACCCACAGAAUGGAUUAAAGAUAAGGCCUUUUAUGAAAGCUCAUCUAAAUAGAGAUAAAGAUAAAGAACUUUUAAAGUUAACCCAAUACCUCAAUGAAAUAGCAAAAUUAGAUGACUUUUUGGAGCUGAAUCACAAACAUUGGGAAAGGUAUCUCUCAAAGAAGCAAGAGCUUCUAAGAUGCAUUGGCACAUAA